CUCUCCUUCGCGCGGCCGACUGACUUUGUCGUUGCGAGCUCGUGUCUCGCGCGACGCGUUGAUUUCUCAUCGCCUUGAUCGCGCCGACGGACGCGCGUAGGCUCGUCGAUCGAUAAUGGGUUGUGCGCAUUUCUCAGCGAUAUUUUCCUCAUUCCGUCGCGCUCGAUCAAUGAUCCCAGCUAAUAAUGCGAGCGCCGUGCGCGAGUGUAACUUUCUGCGUGGCUAUUGCGCCGGCUAUUGUCGAAUAUCCUACGCGCUGAAUAAUUCGAUAGGUGGGCUGCUGAAUUGAUGGAAUUGAAUGCCACGCGAAAGAGGGAAAACGAGCUCCACGUACGCUCACGCUUUAUUAUUCAAUUUGCCCUUUGUUAUUCAAUUGUUCGCAGCGCGUUUGCAGCUUAACAUAUUCACGACUCGAGCGAUGAGGGUCAAUAAUAAAUAAAAAUAACCGAUCGAAAGAGGGUGAGCUGCUCGACUGGUACGAAAAUAAAUCAGUGCACGUAAAGAGAGGGAGAGAGAGGGAGAGACGCGAGAGUAUUCAUGCAAAAUGAUAAAUUUUUCUUCUCUUUUUUUUGCGCAAACGGAUGGUUAUUUUAAAUUCGGCGUUGUUGCAUAUUGAAUAGUUAUAGUUAGAGUCGUAAGUCAAAGUUUCGGGGAGAUGAGGUGGGUCGUAAGGAGCUCGGGGAAUUAGUUUCCGAUUAUUCUCGCGCACUCGCCAAAGCAAUGUUCCCAAUAUACUUGGGUUACGCUUGACAUCGAAAAAGUGCGCGCGAUUUAUUCCGUUGAGUCGCGUUUAAAAUACGUUGAUGUCGCGGCAAUAUCAGCCGUACGCUAUUUCGCUGGGUGAUACAGGGAAAACUAAUGGUUGCGUGUACAAUGGAUGUUGAAUUUGGCUUUGUCGAUUUAGAAAAAUGAAAUAUGAUCGUCUAAUAGUUACGAAGGAAAUUCGGCACUCUUCGAUUAUCGGCUAACUCAAAUAUUUCGCGCCCGCGCUCGUAAAGGCAAUGCCAUGACCCGAUUGAUCAUCUCGCUUAAUAGUGCGAAUCAAGACAAUCGUAAAAACGACUGCUACGAAACGAUGGACGUCUCACCGAGCGACGUGUCCUCGAGGACCAAGCGUACAAGUUUCGCAUGGAAGGUGGACGGCCAGCUAUUCUCAUCUCUCGAGGAGUUGCACGAGAAGCUAGCUGAGCUUUUAGGGGAAACAUCAGUUAAAAUAACGAAAGCUGCAAUUUUGGGUAAUGGGGAGAUCCAAUGGAGUUUCUCACAGGUGAAGGGAACUUUAGAAGAUGAUGUCACAGAAGCUGACAUUAUCUCUUGUGUGGAAUUCAACCAUGAUGGUGAUCUCUUGGCAACUGGUGACAAAGGUGGUCGUGUAGUCAUAUUCCAAAGGGAUCCCAUUAGUAAAUCAAUUAUUCCAAAACGAGGGGAAUACAAUGUAUACAGUACCUUCCAGAGUCAUGAGCCUGAGUUUGAUUAUCUGAAAUCACUAGAAAUUGAGGAGAAAAUCAAUAAAAUAAGAUGGCUCAAGAGGAAAAAUCCUGCCCACUUUUUACUCUCAACAAAUGACAAAACAAUCAAACUAUGGAAAGUUAGUGAACGAGACAAGCGAGUUGAAGGAUACAAUACCAAGGAAGAAAAUGGUUCCAUCCGCGAUCCCGCUUGUAUCACUGCCUUGAGGGUACCCACUAUAAAGCCCAUGGAACUGAUGGUUGAGGCUUCACCAAGAAGAAUAUUUGCUAAUGCGCACACUUAUCAUAUAAACAGUAUAAGUGUCAAUAGUGACCAGGAGACGUAUCUCAGUGCAGAUGACCUUAGGAUCAAUUUGUGGCACCUUGAGAUCACGGAUCAAAGUUUUAAUAUUGUAGAUAUUAAGCCGACUAACAUGGAAGAGCUGACCGAGGUCAUAACGGCGGCCGAGUUUCAUCCAGUCGAGUGUAACUUGCUGGUCUACAGCAGUAGCAAGGGAACGAUUCGCUUGUGUGACAUGAGAUCCGCAGCUCUUUGCGACCGGCACAGCAAGCUCUUCGAGGAGCCCGAGGAUCCUACUAAUCGAAGCUUCUUCUCGGAAAUCAUCUCCAGCAUAAGUGACGUCAAGCUCAGCAACUCUGGUAGAUAUAUGAUUAGCAGAGACUACCUCAGUGUUAAGGUGUGGGAUUUGCACAUGGAGACGAAACCAAUUGAGAGCUAUCCUGUACACGAGUAUUUGCGAUCAAAGUUGUGUUCGUUGUACGAAAAUGACUGUAUCUUCGAUAAGUUCGAAUGCUGCUGGAACGGCAACGACUCGGCCAUAAUGACAGGUUCAUAUAACAAUUUCUUCCGCGUUUUCGAUCGCUCAACCAAACGAGACGUAACACUCGAAGCGUCACGUGACGUCGCUAAGCCAAAAACUCUUCUAAAACCCCGCAAGGUGUGUACCGGUGGUAAACGUAAGAAGGAUGAGAUUAGUGUGGACUGUUUGGACUUUAAUAAGAAGAUUUUACAUACCGCAUGGCAUCCUACCGAAAACAUCGUUGCGGUUGCGGCCACAAAUAACCUUUUUCUGUUUCAAGAUAAGCUCUAGCACAUUUACAUGCAGAUUAUACAACGUUAUAUACUGACAUAAGCGUGGCGCAUAAAGAAUACAACAGAAGGAGUUGGCAAUAAGUAGGAUACACGACGAGUAGUAGAGUAUGGACGAGCAUCAGCUUCGAGACAUUUCUGCGACUGUUGAUUGACCCAAGUGAACAACUACUGGAGAGUGAGAAAAUGUGCACUGAUAAACAAACACCGUAUUACUGAGAAGUGAAAAUAUAAAAAAAAAAAACAAAAACAUGCGCCAUUGUCCAAACAGGAGGAUCAAAUUCUCGCCACCAAAAGUGAGCGUCGAAAUAUCAGAUUAAUGUUUGUAAACACGAUCUUUACGUCCAUAAUCAAUCAUUAUUGUAGGAGACACGCUUAUCAUUAAUAACCGUGUAUCAAUAUAACAGAAUCGAUGAAGCGCAUUAUUCUAUUCUUAACAAUCUAACAUAUAUUGCACUGUAUAUAUUGCAAGAAGAAGUACGAAACUGACUUUUCUCAGGGCAUCGAGCAUUCGCGGAUAUUCAAUUUCAAACAAAUUCGGUGUGCGGAAAUUAAACUGAAGUUUGAAACAACAUUCGCGAAUCGAAUAGUUUAGAGAAAAAAAUGUAAAAUCAGAUUAUCUACUGUCGUCGAACGAAUCCAGUAUUUCUAACGACUAUCUACUCAUCCAGCAAGUAUGCGUUUAUGAUGCUUUUCUGAGUGUUGAUUAUAAGUGUAUGAGUGGCAAAGUGAUUUGGCAAUGAAAAUUGCUUGAUACUCUUACGUACGUUUCGAUCAUUGGUAAAGUGAAAAUUAUUUAAUAUUUAAAUUUAUUCAAUGAAUUGUGGUGACUGUGAAUGAUUGUAAGAUUUGUCUAUCGUACGUUUGCAAUGGCGUUAGAGAAGCAUUUGAUAAUGGACGUAGAGUAUCAACACAUUAUUUUCGAUACUGAAACUAACGGAGGCAGAUACGCAAAGCAUUUAAGGCCAAGUACCUUUAACAAUAUUGUUAUUGAUUUUCUAAAUAGGCUUCAUCAAAUUUUUUUAAUAGUUGAAAAGAAACGACAACAGAAACAGAAAUAAUCAUUAUAAUAUGUGAUGAAAUUAGGUUAAAAAAAUACUUUUCAUAUUUGUUUUGUUUUAUUUUUGCAUCCCCUGUCUACCUUCUGUAUCAGAAAUCAAUGGCAAAUUAUUAUUGAUGUUAUUAAGUGAUAGUUGAUAUAUUGAUUAUUUUUCAUAUAUGGCUGCAUUUGAGCUCAAAAAAUUACUCACCAUAAGAAAUAAUUUAUUGAUUACUAUACUCAUUACUCGUGAUUGGUAACUAAUGGGAAAAGAAUACAAAUUUAGUUUGUCAAUAACUUCCUAUCCGCGAUUUUUUUCAGAACUAUACCACAUGAAUCUAUUUUUCAGUAACGGAAAUUGCAAUUCUAUAAUAUUGUGAAUAAUUAUGAAUAGUUUCCAAUGGCCUACAGUCAAUAAUUUUCAUUUAGUAAUCAGCCAAUAAUUCAAGCUUUCGUAGUCAAAAUGAAAUGCUGUACAUUUGCAAUUGAAAACCAUUCUCUAAAAAUAUAGAAACUAGAUCGUAAAACAGCUGGAAUCAAAGUAAUUUUAAUAAAAAAUUUGAUCAGCCAUAGUUGUUUUUACAGUAAACGGUUGAUAUAGAUAGAUUGUACAUAAAUAAAAAUGUAAAGCUAUGUAACACAAAUUUUGAUUCAUGAAUAUAUUUUGUUUUGUACUGUAUAGUCGCGUAAUAAAGAAAAAGAAACAAGUUCUAAAAAGUUACGCUCCAUACCAAAAGCUUGAUUUUUGAUCAAAACAAUAAAUUGUAUAAUAAAAUAAAAGUGUACAUAGCAGUGAAAAUUUUUUAACUGAGAGAAGAAAAAGAUAUAGGCAAACUGCGUUAGUUUGUAAAUUUUCUCCUAUUCAUGCAGUUUGCUUCGAUCGUACUGACGAUGUAUCUUUCGUUAAAAAUCGUAUUGUCAUAAAUGGAUCGCUAAUUAAAAUAGAUAAGUAUCUACGCGAUAUUACUAUUUUGUCUGAUUUAACAUAAUUCGCUAGAUCAUUUGAAAAGAAAAGGCAUUCACAAAAUUUUCAUUUUAGCCAUUGAAGUUGUAACGUCCUGUACUCAAUGUGCCAUUAUGGAAGACUAUUGUUGAUCAGUCUGAGAUUGUUAAUAAAUAUGGAUACAAAAAUUAAAAUGUAAAAAAAAUAUUGAAACCAUUAAAUUUUUUUUCACAUUGAAUAAGAUGAGAGCUAUGAUUUAAUGAACUAAUGUAUAUUUUUGCAUUAGCCAUUAGUGAUACCUUAGCAGUAUAAUUUAUUUUCGAGAUCCGUUAUCGCUAAAUAACAUUGAGAAUAUACAUAUAGUAACUCGACUACUGUAGUAUUUAAGAUUUCUCUACUAAAUAUUCUAUGGCAAAAAAGGUGUUAAUAUAAAAUAAAAGUUAGCAUUUUUAGUUAGACAUGAUUUACGUGAAAUAAGUUUACUUGGCCAAGUUAGCCUUAUUAAUAAGCAAUGGCUAAUUAAAUGAAGAAAAUUAAUUAUUUCUGAAAUUCGAAGGAAUAUAAAAAUGGCAGUAUAUUUUUUGCAAUAUAUUCUGCGAAUAUCAUUUGUUUUCAUCAUUAUAUCAUGGUUUACUUUUCAAUUCGAUUAUAAAUACUUAAAUCACUUUAUAAGAGAAAAAAUAUUUUGGUGUGUACCCAGGUAUUUUUUUAUUUUAAUAAAGUCACGUCUUCAAUUAUUUUUUAAGCUUCAAUUUGGCAAGUAAAAUUGAUGUAAUAACAUUUCUUAUGAUUAAAAAAUUGAACAAUUUUUAUUUUGGAAACAUUUCAAGUUCUAUACUGUUUUAAUGUUAAUUAUUUUAAAUACCGAAACAAAUUAAGUUUGAGUAAUUGUAGAUCAUUCAAUAUGAAAAAAGUAGAGGAUGCAUAGAGGAUAGAAUAUAUCACAAGUUUACUUUGAUAAUUAAAAAAUACAUAAAAUUAAAAAAAUUAAAUAUGUUUUCAAUGUUGCAAAUCAAUAAUUUGAUAUAUUAAUUAUGUUUUCAGACGUAUCGACUAUUCAAUAAACUAUUAGAAAAGAUGUUUGGCAAAGGUUUAAUUUUAAUUACACCAAAUACGUACUAAGCGUAAGCAGCGUAUACAUUUUCGAGUCUGUCCUCUUCCGUCUUCGUUUGGAAAAAAAAAACAAUAAA